AUUGAUGAGUUUCACGGUCUGGUUUAUGGCAAUAAUUUGGAUAUUAUUGGCAUAACUGAGACAUGGCUACGAGCAGAUUAUUAUAACGAGGAAAUAUUGCCCUCCGAUAACUAUAAAAUCUAUAGGAAGGAUAGAGCUAAUAACCGCAGAGGGGGUGGUGUUUUACUCGCCGUUAAAGCUGAUAUUCUCUCGUAUAGGAGAAUUGAUCUUGAACCGACGGAUUCAGAGAUUCUUGUGUGUGAACUUUAUCCUUUGAAUCGAAGGAAAUUUACAGUGUGUGUCUGUUAUCGUCCUCCUGAUUGCAAUUUGUUUUUCGACCAUUUUGAUAUUCUAUUAAACAACUUACGAGAAGCUUCGAACAGAAUUUGCAUAAUCGGUGACUUUAAUAUGCCACAUAUAAAUUGGAACACUGUCGUCAACAUCACAAAUUCUGCAAAUGGGAAUAGAUUUUGUGACCUUAUACAACUAAAUUUUCUUACCCAAGUAGUUUGCGAACCAACUAGAAAGAGUAAUGGCAGUCAGUCGACUUUAGACCUAGUUUUCAGUAAUCAUCCCGAUGACAUUUGCAACGUUAAAGUAUUGGCAGAUCUUGUGACUUCUGAUCAUUCAGUAGUUAGCUUUGAUAUACUUACAAAAGUUCAACGCGUAAAAAAAAAUAGUCGUAAUGUUUACAAUUUUAAAAAGGUGGAUUUAGAAGGUCUUAAAUUAGCAUUACAAUGUAUCCCAUGGGAAACCGCAAUGUUUGAAGACGAUAUUGAAAGUAGUCUUGCUGGCAGGACCUAG